AUGAGUCUUCUCAAAGAACGAAAACCAAAGAAACCUCAUUAUAUCCCAAGGCCUCCAGGAAAGCCAUUUAAAUAUAAGUGUUUUCAGUGCCCCUUUACUUGCAAUGAAAAAUCACAUCUUUUUAAUCAUAUGAAGUAUGGCCUCUGUAAAAACUCCAUUACAUUAGUAUCAGAACAAGAUCGAGUUCCCAAAUGUCCCAAGUCCAAUUCCUUAGAGCCUAAACAAACUCAUCACAUAGAUUCAUUAGUUAAACCAACUACUUCCAAGUCAAUCACCAAUGGACUAACAAAUCUUGAUUCUAAGCUUCAACACAGCUUUGCCAAGGAAGAAGCAAAGGAAAAUUUAGAAUCACGAAACUGUGAGACAAGUAAAUCAUUAGGACAAAACCCUCCAGUUCAAAAGAAAGCAACCUCUCUUGGUUCAGUCUCAGAAAGUACAAUUACUAUCCAACCUAUUCUAGAAGGUGGUGCCAGACCUUCAGCUUUUGUACCAGUAGAACACAGACUUAAAGGAUCAGAAAAUGAUGAAGUAUCUGAAAUGCUGCCAAUACCUGACCCAAUUACCAAAAGCUCUUUUCACACUAAAUCUGCCUUCCAUACACCUAAUCACCCAUGGAAAACUGGCUCUUUUCUCCCAGAGCUGUCACAUAAAAUUCCAUCUACAAAAGGUUUUGGGUCCAUUUCUUCUUAUAUACAACCAACUAUUCCAGAAUAUCCACCUCAUUUUUACACAGAGCAUGGACUAGCUACUAUAUAUUCACCCUAUUUACUCACAGGUAAUUCAGUAGAGUGUGAAAACACUUUGCUAUCUGUCUAUGGUACUCAAGACCAAAGACAUUUUCUUUCCCACCCAGGACCAAUUCCUAAACAUUUGAAUCCAUCACCAUCAACAUAUGAGCCCUACAAAUUUUUCCAACAGUAUCACUCCAGUCUUCCCAUACCAUAUGGGUUCUAUAGACCAGAGUCUGCAUUCUCUUCCUAUGGCCUUAAACUUCCACAUGUUGCUAGUAUUACAAGAGAGCAAAGUUCUCACCUACUUGAAGAAACUAACUUGAUCUAUCCAAAUUCAAAUCAAUCCAGAUUAAAUUCCUGGAACUCCCACAAAAAACACAUAGAUUAUGAAAAAGAAAGCUUAGUUCUCCAAAGCCAAGAUCAUUCCAAAGAUGAGCCAAAUGAUAGAGAUGGGGCCAAGAUGAGUCCCCGUGCAGGAAGUGCAGCUACAGGAUCUCCAGGAAGACCAAGUCCCACCAACUUCACUCAGACAAGCCAUGCAUCUGAAGGACUGUUUGAGCUCUCAAAUAAAUCUUCCCCUGGACCAUGUGGAAAAUUAAAUCAACCUGAAGAAAAUGCCACAGCCUUCAGACUUGUUCGAAAAAACUCAGAAUAUCCUGAUCUACAGUUAAACAGAACAGACUCUACAAGAAGCAUUAAUGUUAUUGAUGAAGAAGUACAACAUCAGAUAGGAGGUACAUCUAACACAAAUGAGGAUUCUUCUAACACAGAGGAAGACCCAGGAAUAGUUCCACUCAAUCUUUCUAAGAAAUCUGAAAAAAAAAAGGGAAUCAUACAUGAACAUAUAUACAAAAACAUGACCCAAAUGGAAACUCAAGACAUUAUGAAGCUACAAGACAUGCCUUUAAACCUCUCAGUGAAGGAUACCUGCAAUACUAAUACUCUGAACCUGAAACCUUCAUUCCACAGUCUUUCACAAGAUGCGGAAGUUGCUGCUACUCGGAAAACUGAAAGUUCUAAAGCAGAACACUGUAUAAAGAACCACCAGCAAAACAUCCAUCAAGAUGACGUUUUGUUCACAGCCAAUAAUGGUGAAGCCCAAGAUUUAAGAAUGAUUGACAACAGUGAUGAACAAAAACAAACAGCUGCUGUUGCUCUCUGCCAACUAGCUGCAUACAGUCCUGAAAAAAUAAGGGUAGAAACUGAAGAGCAAAAUUCUCAGGAUUCCACUUUUCAACAAGAUGAACCCACUUUCAGUUCCAAAGAAAUUCUGGAGACGGAAUGUAAUACUAAAUCAAAAGGACAAAAGCGGACGAAUCAAAAAGAAACAGGAAAAUCUCACCAAGGAACUAAAAAGGCAAAACUAAAUGACACUGCAAGAGUAUUCACUCUAAGAAAGAGAACCAGGGUGACUUAA